CCGGCGGUCACCCACGUGUCUGACAGGAGGCUCCUGCUGCUGAAUCUCGGACAGUAUACUCGGAGAUCACGUUAGGAUGAGCUUUGUGGAAUACAGAGAGCUCAUACAGGAUGGAGACACCGCCAUCGUCUUUCUGGGCCACGACUCCAUGUUCCCGGUGGCCAUCAAACACGGCAGCCAGACCCAGACGAAAUACGGCGUCAUCCGGCAUUCGGCAGACCUGAUCGGGAAGCGGUAUGGGUCCAAGGUGACGUGCAGCAAAGGAGGCUGGGUGUACAUUCUGUAUCCCACGCCGGAGUUAUGGACCAUGAAUCUCCCUCACCGCACUCAAAUCCUGUAUUCUGCCGACAUCUCUAUCAUCACCAUGAUGCUGGAACUGAAGCCGGGCUCUGUGGUCUGUGAAUCAGGUACCGGCAGCGGCUCUCUUUCUCAUGCCAUUAUACGCACGGUGGCUCCCACCGGCCAUCUGUACACGGUGGAGUUCCACCAGCAGAGAGCCGAGAAAGCGGCGGAGGAGUUCCGGCAGCAUAAGGUGGACCAUCUGGUCACGGUGAAGAACCAGGACGUGUGCAAGAACGGGUUUGGUGUGUCGCAUGUCGCCGACGCCGUGUUCCUAGACAUUCCUUCUCCGUGGGAGGCUAUUGGUCAUGCGAAGUGUGCUCUAAAGGUUGAAGGUGGUCGGGUCUGCUCCUUCUCCCCCUGCAUCGAGCAGGUCCAAAGAACCUGCCUGUCGUUGGAGGAACACGGAUUCACCGAGAUCAACACCCUGGAGAUCCUCCUGCGCGUGUACGACGUGCGGACCGUCAGUUUACCCGUCCCGGAUCUCGGGAGACCCGGCGACGAGAAAAGCGCCGCGGGGUCCGACAGCAGCGAGCUUUCUAAGCAGACGUCCGCGUGCGAACUCUAUAAAAGCGGAGUCCCCCCCAGGGAAACCGUGGGUCACACGGGGUACCUGACCUUUGCCACGCUCAGUCUAUUUUAGACGUUUCCCUCUUAGACUGUAUAAUCUCGCACCAUAUAAAGCCCGGCUGAGCUCAAAAAAAUGCAUUUUGUGUAAACAGCCGGCAGACGAGAACGGCAGCGACUGCACGGCUCACGCGUGGACUCUGAUUACCCUCCCCCACCCCCCGGUGCU